AGCAGCGGCCAUGAGUGGCAUGAAGAGAGCGCUCAGCGACAGCGAGUGUGACGACGCGUUCGCUGAGGAUGGCAAAGAGGAGUCGUCACCACACCGGAAACGUCGGCGCGGCGUGAUCGAGAAACGGCGCCGCGACCGGAUCAACAGCUCGCUGGCCGAGCUGCGCCGACUCGUGCCGUCCGCCUUCGAGAAGCAGGGCUCGGCCAAGCUGGAGAAGGCCGAGAUCCUGCAGCUGACCGUCGACCACCUGCGCGUGCUGCACGCCAAAGGUCUGGACGCGCUGGCGUACGACCCAAACAAGUUCGCCAUGGACUACCACAGCAUCGGGUUCCGGGAGUGCACGGCCGAGGUGGCGCGGUACCUCGUCACCGUCGAGGGCAUGGACAUCCAGGACCCGCUGCGGCUGCGGCUCAUGUCCCACCUGCAGUGUUACUCUGCGCAGCGCGAGCUGGCCAACAAGCAGCACAGCUCCGGCUGGGGUCUCCAGUCGUACCCGAGCGGCGCCAGCCUGUCGGCCGCCGUCGACCAGGGCUACCACGCAGCGCUCGCCGGUCACGGCGCGUCCACGCUCGCCACCCACGAGCCCGCCCCCGCCAACCACAUGGCACGCUACAACCCGCCCGCUGCUGUGGGCGGAGUCAUGACGCAAUAUCCGGCCAAUGGGGGCUUCCCCGGCGCGGCGCAGCCGAUGACGUCAUACGCCAUGGGAGUGCCGUCGCAGCAGCACGUCGGUCAGGCCAGCGCCGGAUCGGCCAAGCCGUACAGGCCCUGGGGCACAGAGCUGGCCUACUGA